CUCGCAUACAAACGCCCUUUCCCUGGGAAACAAGGAGGCAGGCUCGAGCCAUUGGAUAUCUGUCAGAUUGGCGGCACCCAGCCGCGUCGCACAGAGCAUGCGGAAAAAAUGUGAGCUCUCGUCUCCACCUCCUCUUCAGCUAGCCACUCUUCAGUCAAGAGGUGUUGUCGUGGUGGGACGGCGUUUUGUCAGGAGUAAAGGGACAGUUUUACUGCAACGCUAUCUCCAUAGCUCCGAGUGAGAGCAAGUUACCCGGGAGAAAGGGUGUUGCCUUGCUUUUGCCUGACCGCACGGUGCCCUAGCAACGUCCAUGCUUGUUUGCUUAUUUGAAAUUGGACCGAGACAAUUGAGGACGUCGAGGCAGGUGUGCGGUGUCAUUCGGAAUUCUGCUGGCCAAAAGGGUAUACGCUGUCCAUUUUCCCGUCUCAUAUCAGAAUUGUAUGGACUUUAAUUCCGGUCAAGCAGGAUCCUGUCGACGAGGUUGAUACAGUAGAAAAGCGAAUUUCUUCAGAUGUCUCUGCGUUCGCUUUGAGGAACGGACAGACUAGGCUCUGGAUCUAAAGCCUGAGGAGGAGUGCGGAAUUCUCCGGAACAAGGGAAGAAUUGAGCUCACCGAUGCCCGUCUCUCCCGAAUAAGUCUCCCGGCUUUAGAUUUUUACGACGGAAAGUGUAUCCAGCUACGGUAGAACUGUUAGGAGUGCUCUUCAACAUGAAUACAGAUAGCGGAGGACGCGCUCGCAAAAGCGCUGCCUUGCUACUCACCCUGUCCCCCAUGAAGCGUGUCCAGAGCGUCCCGAAUCUGGCUACAGGGAGUGAGUCUCACUCGUCAGAUUCAGAUGCUUGGAGGUCGUGCAGCACCGAUGGCCUAAGGAACGGCGACGACAUCAGUUCCUCCCUGGCCGCCAAGGGCUUCCGGAGUGUCAGGCCCAACCUGCAAGACAAGAAGUCCCCCACACAGGCUGUCAACCAGGUCCCCCUCCCGCCCCCUAGGAGAGAGAGCUACCCCUUCCCCGCCACAGGUCUUAUCCCCCCCUCCUACAGCUCCCUCCUAGCCGAGACCCUCGGACCCGGGAUGCUAGCCCUCUCCAACGAGAAGGCCGUCCUCAACGAGUCUUACACAGUCAAGAGCACAUCUUCUUACUCCCACUACCAGAGUACUACCAACACUUCUGCACCCCAAUCUGAACCAGAACCCAACCCCCAGCCCCCACAAACAAACCCUCAGUCCCCCCUCGCCAUCCCCAAUGACACCAGCAACGUCAAAGCCUCCACUGCUACUCCCUCCACCACCACCCAGCUUCAGGCUGCAGAGCGCAAGGUGUCCUCCCUCAGACUAACCCCCGUCACCAUCCCUGAUCCUCCCUCCCACCAACCCGUCCCCCAGCCUGAGACUCUCACCACCUCCCCUCCUCCCCCAAACCUUCCCCCCCGUAGAGACUCCUCCAUUGGCCCCCAAAGCCAGCACACAGCCUCCCUCUCCGUCCAGAUGGCCCCGCGGAGCCCCAAACCACCGGGGUCCAAGACCCCUACCCUGGAGCCCAAGGCCACAGCCCCAGCUUCUGUCCCUGGGGAGGGCAGGAAGGUGAAGGCCUCCCCUCCAGUUCCACCUCGACCGGCCGCAGCGAAUGUGGUGGGCCAAGCUAUUCAAGUGGCCAUGAAUGGAGGUGCGCCCCACCCCCAGAGGCCCUCCUCACCCCCGGCCUACCCCCCUCUCCCCGCCUCGUUCAGCCCAGGGGUGGUUCACGUGCAGAGUCGGCGCGCAGAAGGUUCAGAGUCGGUGACGCGUGAGUCGGUGACGUCGGGCCACACCAGCGUGAGCAGCACGGUGCCCAUCGCCCGCUUUUCAGAGGAGGAGAAGCGGGUGUCUGUCAUCAAGGCGCCCCACUACGAGGGCAUCGGCCCCGUGGAUGACACGGGCAUCCCUAUCGCCAUUCGCACGACAGUGGAUAGGCCGAAGGACUGGUACAAGACCAUGUUCAAGCAGAUCCACAUGGUUCACAAAGCAGAUGACGACUACGCCGACACGCACAACGCCACAUACACUGUCGACGGUAACCACGACACAUAUGGUCAGUCCUCCAACCCCACCAUGGCCUACCCUCCCCCCAGGACACAAACGUACCGGCCCCUGGCCAAGAGCCCGUCGGACAACGGAGGCCCCGGGACCUUCAGGGAGCCCUCCCCCGUGCCACCGCCGCCCCCGCCCAUGCCCUCCCUCCUCCAGCUGAGGUCCAGAGACAGCGACCGGGAGCGAGACUCGCCCGACACCAUGAAUCAGUGGGGCCCUCCCGAUAGGAAAGUGGACACUAGAAAGUACCGCGCCGAACCCCGGAGUAUCUUUGAGUACGAGCCCGGGAAGUCAUCCAUUCUGGAGCAGGAGAGGCCGACCUAUGAGUUAAACCCAGAUGACAUAGAUUUAGAGAACGAGCCUUGGUAUAAGUUCUUUUCCGAGCUGGAGUUCGGCCGUCCGCCUCCUAAAAAACGGCUGGAUUAUAAUCCAGACAUCUGCCCUCGCCGACUCACCGAGACGUCGCUGUACUUCGCUCCGACUGCUGACCGGGUUCCAGAGAGGCCGGCGAGUGCUGCCAGUGACUACAGGAAGAGGAGGAAGUCAGAGCCGUCGGGUGACCAGGGCAAGAACCAGGUCUCCCCAAAACCACUGGACCCUUACAGAGGCAGCAGCACACUGAGAAAACCAGCCACACGCUCCUCCCCCUCCUCCCCAUCCAGAGCCAAAGGUGGGGACGCGUGCGACAUGACCUGCUCCCCCGGUUUGAGCUCUUCCCCGGGCCCGUACCUCCGCUCCCCUCUCUCCCCCAUGCCCUCCAACCUCGCCCACCGUCGCUACGACGACGAUGCCAACCCGGGGGUCGCCUCCUCGCCCCUCAAACGCACCAUCUGCUUCAAGAACGGCUGGCAGACGCGGCGGCAGGACGCCGAGACAUGGAGCAGUGCCGAAGACGCGCCGUCCUCGCCCGCAAAGCUGAAGUCGCGUAGCUGCGACAACCUGCUCAAUGACGGGCACCCGGGUGGCACCGGCGGGCACAAGGCUACCCGUUCAGAGAGUGCCGGGUCACUGGUAUUCGACAACCCAUCUGGGCAAACCGCCUCAUCCUCUACCCGCUCCCUGCCUCGCCCGCACCGGCGACGGGCCCACGACACGCCAGGCUUCCUGAAGCUCUACCGCAAGAUGCACCACAUUGACCGUGCCCAGCUGCUGCCCUCUGACGUCAUCCGCUCGGUCCGCGCCCGCAUCCUGGAGCUGGAGCGGCAGCCGCACCUCUUCCCCCGAAAACUCUCCCCCUGGGGGCCAUCGUGGGGCCUGGAGGUCCCUCGCGAUACUGUGCCAACACACAUCUCCACGUACGAGCAACUCAUCCAGAAGUCCAAGUCCAUGCCUGACUUGGGCGAUAGCGAGGUCCCGUCCGGUGCAACCACGCCCGGCGGGUCAUCGUCCCGCGCCAGUAGUGGCGGGGGAGGAGGCGGUGGGGGCAGGGAGACACCCGGGUACCCCAUACGCCGUUUCUCCAUCGAGUCUCUUCUAGAAGAGGACAUUAACAACGGGAAUGGGAACGGGACGUCCCAUCAUGCUUUGGACCACCAUCACACUCAACAGGGGGCGAGGAGCCCGCCCGAGGGUCAGCCCCGCCUCGCCCUGGACCCCCACCACCGUGAUUUCCCCGCCCCCCUCGUUUCUCGACGCGCCACUGUCCCGGGGGGCGAGUACUCUGACUCGGAGCAGGAUGCGGCUGCCUCGGACCUCAGUGACUUUGUCCAAGUCGAAGGAUCCUCCUUCUGCAGCGAGAGCGAAUUCGACCACUGCUCGCUAACCUCGUCAGUGGAGAGCUUCUACGGCCCCUCCUCCCACCACCACCUUCGCCACCGCCACAGCCACCACAACCCCAGUCAUCAGUCUCUCGGUCAGGGCCAGGGCUACCAGCACCGUCACCUCAUCAGCUCGUGUAAAGGACACUGCCCGGCCUCCAACACCCGCUUCACAACCAUGCUGCGACACGAGCGGGAGCGGGCCCGCCAGGAGCUCCGGCAGAAAUCCCCCCAGACACAGCAAACCAGACACGGGGGAAGGGGAGGGAGCGGAGGGGACCACCAUGCCCUACCCCCCUCGUCCCAAGCAGCCCAAACCCAGCAGGGGAUGUCCAAGCUGGCCUUCCUCGUCAGCCCCGUGCCUUUCCGAAGGAAAAAGGAUGAUUCUCCACCUACUUCGAGAAGGAGUAGUGGAGGUCGAAGUACCAGGCCCAAGUCUAAAGAAGCCGUCUAUGAAGCUUUGGAUGCUGCCUUGAGGGAUAUCUACGAGCACAUCCGAACGGAGCAAGGCCGGAGCGGCGCUAGGCUACCGGACGAUAGCAUCCUCCGGAGGCUACUGGCUGAGAUCCUCCCGGAUGUGCCCGAGAGGAGCUCGUCGUUGCGGGGACAGAGGGGGAGCCGCAAGGGGGGUCCCUCCUCGAGCUCCUCGUACCCCGACGGGAGUCCAACGGGGUACGGCUCGUCGUCGCGGCUACAGUCUCCGCGGCUACAGUCGCCGCUAAGUGCCUGUUACGGUCGUCAUACCGACGCCUCCAAUAACAACGACUAUGGAGAGGAGCCGAGCAAUGGUAACGCAGAGCAGGAGGCCUCCAGGGGGUACAGCGCCACCACCAGCGACGGGGGAGGGGGGCAGACCAGACGAGCCACCCCAGACAGAGAGAAGCAGCCUGCCAGAGCUAUAUAUGACUUUAAGGCACAGACUGCUAAAGAGCUAACGUUCAAGAAGGGCGACGCGGUCAACAUCAUCAGACAGAUCGACAGCAACUGGUACGAGGGAGAGCACCGCGGGCGACUGGGCAUCUUCCCCAUCUCCUACAUAGAGAAGAUGCCAUUGCCAGAGAAGCAGCAGCCGAUUAGGCCUCCUCCACCAGCACACGUCAGAGAGAUCGGGGAGGGGGUGGCCCGUUACAACUUCAACGCUGACACUAACGUGGAGCUGUCCCUCCGCAAGGGUGAGCGGGUAGUCUUGCUGAGACAGGUGGACCAGAACUGGUAUGAGGGGAAGAUCCCAGACACCACCAAGCAGGGCAUCUUCCCCGUGGCCUACAUAGACAUCGUCAAACGCUCGCCCUCCAAGAGCCCCGCCCCCUCCCACCACCCAGACCCCCACGGCUACCCCGGCAACAGGACACAGGGCUCCACGCCCACCAAGAGGAUUGUGCAGGAUUCGCUCCAUGGUGGAGGAGACCCGUUCCAGGCCCUGUACAACUAUCUGCCCCGUAAUGAGGACGAGCUGGAGCUGAAGGAGGGAGACAUCGUGGACGUCAUGGAGAAAUGUGACGACGGCUGGUUUGUCGGGACCUCUCGACGGAGCAAGAAGUUUGGAACCUUCCCAGGAAACUAUGUCAAGAAACUAUAAUGAUGAAUCCGGUCCACCCCGCCCCCUCCUUACUUGGACCCUUCCAUCUCUAGCAUAACCCAAAUUGGACACAACCAACGUGGAGUAAGGUGAAGUUGCCCCUAGAUACUGAUCUUGGGUCAGUUUUGCACUUUCCCCACUAAUGGUUAAGGUUAGGAUUUGGGGAGGGGGAGCUGAUCCUAGAUCUGCCCCUAGGGGAAACUUCACCCCGGAGCGACACGACCCUACUACGUCUGGUCAUCCAAGAAGCCUUGCCCAAGUGUGUGCGACAACGUCGCAACAAAUAUUUUGUUUUAGCUCUAACUAGCCAACUCUACAGGAGACUAUUCCACUAACUAAACAAUUAUUUUCUAAAUGAUUAAGAAGAGGUAGAAGUAGAUCCAUACCGUUUGUAUUCCUGUCACCUCAAAUACUGAAGGAAGGGUAGCCAAACAAGAUGGCCACCUUUUUAGUGUUGACAUCUGCUUUUCUUUUAUUUAUUAGAUAUAUUUUAACCCAGUAAUGCAAUAAGUUGCAUUGAUAAGUUGAUUGUGUAACAUUCAGUAAGGUCAAAUAUGGUAAAGAUGGAGUUAAAGAUGCAAUGUAAACUGCCACUCAGGAUUGCCUUGACAUAAUCAUGUCAGCCAUCUUGGUUUUGUACAUGUUUCUGUUCCCUUUUUCCUCAGUGUUAAAUCAAUACAGAGACCCCCCCCCUAAGUGUAUUAAAUGUAAUAGGAGGGGCAGGUUGGUAUUUUCAGAGCAGUAUUGUCAUAGGACAUUGCAACACAUUUCAAUGUUUAGUCAUUUGGCAAAUGCUCUUAUCCACAGCAACUUUCAAUAAGCACCAUGAAACAACCACAGCAUCAUUAGUAAAAAAUCUUCUUCAUAAGAUGCUGCUAACAUUUCAUAUUUACUUUACACCAACACAGGAACACUCACCUAUUUCCCCAGUGAAAAUGAUGAUGCUUUGUAAUGCGUGAUACCCAAAAGUGUUGCUGGAUACCAUGGAAUAGGGUAAGAAUUGUUUGGAGGCAAAUGCAUAGAUAUUGUACGCAGAGCCUUCUAUUCACACUGGAAGGCUCUGGAUAUCUUCCUGUUAUGGGCCUACAGUCAAUUCCGGUUUGUUAUUAUAGUGUUUGCAAACUCCUUCUAUAUAGGCGAGUUAUUGCAAAUGUGGAAGUGGCAAUCGUUGAUAUUUUAUUUUUAACCCCUCUCUUUGAACAAGGACAGUACAUUUGUACUUUUGAUGGAAAAUAAUAUUUAUAGAUUUGGGAUUUUAUUCGUUUUUGUUUUGUUUUAUAAUCAAGAUUGGUGGACUUGGCGUUUUAUCAUUUUAGUUACGUGACAUUUCUGAGUACACUACGGAUUUUACAAGUGAGCGCUAGAUUGGGUUGUCGAUAGGGCUUUAGGGGUUUGAUACCGUUGGAAAAACAUAUGCAAAAGCAACCAGUUUUCCCACUUUUUGUAUGUAAAGGUAUUUAUAAUGGGAAAAGUAUUGAAUAUUGAUAAGGCAUCAUUUAGAUGUCUCCGUCCAUAGAUAUAACUCAUGGAAUGGAUGGAGCAAAAUAAGUUUCUCAGCUUACUUUCUGUACUUUCUUCUAGUUGAAGUGGCCUAAGGUGAAGUAAUUUCAACCACCGCAAAUCCCCGUGUCAUGUUUAAGAUAACGAGACAAUAGCCUAAACUUGUUUGCAGUCAAGUCUGACAUUUACUCUUGUCAAUUUACAGCAAACUGUCAGGUCUCAACAAUAACACAACCCUCCUUUUUUAAACAAAGUUAUUUUAUUCAAUGAAGAGGUUUUCUUUUAAAGAUUGCUGUUGAAUACUGUAUUAGGAAUGAAAUAGCUAAUGUUGUCGCCGCAUUCAUUGCCUUUGUCCAAAUGCGAUGUUGUACUUCACUCUAAAUUAAUAUAAUCAGAUAAGCGGCGUAAAUUAAUUUUAUUGAAUUAUACAGUUAUGUUCCUGGAGUUGUUUUUCCUCUAUAGAUCAUUCUGAUGGCGACCUUUUUUACUGUUGGGAAUGAAUGAAACGAUUAGAGUGUCACUGCAAUAGCUUAUAACAAUGUAUUUGAAUAACAUUUGUUAGGCAUACUUGGCUUUUUGUGUUCAAUGAAUAUGAUUUCUGAAGUUAUUUUGCCUUUUUCGUGUGUAAAUGAGUAUAUAUUCAUAUAGGAAGGACACUGACCGCAGAACAAUCGUUUAAGCACCUUAAUAUGUAAUUACUUAAUUUUUUGUUUCUGUCUUUGGUCGGUUUUGUUCUCAUGUAUUUUUCACACCAUCCCCUUUUCAUUCACCCUUCCCUGGGUUGUGUUCAUUAGGCACCAAACGGAAUAAAAUGGACUGAAAACAGGGAGGGACUACCUGAACAUGUCCAAUAAGAAAUGCACAUUUUCGCAUUCUGUUGCAAACAUUUCCCGUUGCUAUCCCUAAUGAACACGACCCAGGCAUGUGAGAGCACUGCGUGUCUGUCGGCGGCGUUUUUUUGUACGUCUUUUGUAUGGAGCUGUAAAUCGAUGACGUGAUCCACUGCUUUAUAAACUCUUCUUUUCUCACCCAC